AUGAGCUGGAAAGCAGGCUCCGUGUACCCCUGCAAUCCCUGGACGGCGCGGUCCGAGUCGACCAAGCUCGCGGCGGAUCCAAAGGGGGAGAAGUUGAUCUACACCAACGGGCGGGCUGUGGUUAUCCGCGACCUCAAUAACCCCUCCCUUUCCCAUGUUUACACCCAGCACACCCAGACCGCAACGGUCGCUCGGAUCUCCCCGUCCGGCUUCUACUGCGCAUCUGCAGAUAUCGCCGGGAACGUCCGUGUCUGGGAUGUCGUCAACCAGGAGAACGUCCUCAAGUACGCCGGCCGACCGAUGAGCGGGAAGAUCAACGAUCUUGCUUGGGACGGGGAGAGCAAGCGGAUCAUCGUGGGCGGAGAGGGCAAGGACAAGUUUGGCGCGGCGUUCUUUAUGGACUCGGGGAGUAGUUGUGGGGAGAUCACUGGACACUCCAAGCCCAUCACCUCCCUCUCGGUCCGACAUCAGCGUCCGUUCCGCGCCGUGUCCGGUUCGGACGAUACGUCGGUUUGCCUUCACACUGCCGUCCCAUUCAAGUACGACAAGAUCUUCAAUCACCAUACCCGUUUCGUCCGAGACGUUCAGUACGCUCCCAAUGGGGACCUCUUUGCCUCGGUCGCGUCGGACGGAAAGCUGUUCUUUUAUGACGGCAAGACCGGCGAGAAGAAAGCUGAGGCUGCUCGGCCAGAGACAAGCAGUCUUAUGGCUGCCUCGUGGGCGCUUGACUCUGCACAGAUCGCUACGGCCGGCGCGGACGGCGUAGUUGCCAUCUGGGAUGCUGCUACCGGCCAGGCUGGGCAAAGCUGGAAGGUCGGCUCGGACGUCGAGUCGCAGCAGAACGGGAUUGUCUGGGCCAACCCGAAUGUCAUCGCCUCGGUCUCGCUCUCGGGUACCAUCAACCUCUUUGACCCGCGCGAGGGGAACAGCUGGCGCAAGCUGCACGGCCCCACCAAGGCAAUCACAGCAAGCGGGCUGAACGAAAAGGAUCAGACAUUCUACGCAGGAUCAUUCGACGGAUCGAUUAAGGCGUUCUCGACGGCCGAGGACGAAGGGGCGUGGAAGGAGAUCGAGGGGGGCGGGCAUGCCGCAAGGAUCGUUGGCGUCGCGUCGGACACGGAUGGAAAAGUAUGGGCGGCAGGAUGGGACGAUCGCGCAACCUCCAUAAGCGGAACCAAGUUCGCCUCUUCCAUCUCGGCCAAAUCCCAACCCACCGGGAUCGCUGCUACCCCUUCCGCCACCUACAUCGCCUCCGCCUCCGGCUUGGAAGUCCACCCCACCUCCGGCUCCCCCUUCACCCAACCCGGAAACAUCUCGGCGGUCGGCGCAAACGGCCCCUCGGUCGCCUACGGCUCAGGCAAGACCCUCACCCUCGCCACCAACUCUGGCUCUUCUCUCAAAACCGAGGCGGACUUUACCGACAACAAGGGCGACAUCCUCUCGAUCGCAUUCUCGCCGGACGGGAAACUCGUCGCUGCGGGAGAUAGCGCCGGGCGGAUCAUCCUCGUCGAUGUGGGCAAGAAGGAAGUGCUCGUCAGUAGCAGGUGGCAGUUCCAUACCGGGCGAGUGGCGGCGUUGAGCUUUUCGCCGGACGGGAAAAGGCUGGCAAGUGCGGGUGGGGAUGAGAGUAUCUAUGUGUGGGAGGUGGAGAAGGUGAUGAAGAAUACGGCUAUCAAGAAUGCGCAUCCAGGAGGGGUCUCGGGGGUGUCUUGGGUUGCAGGAAGUGAGAAGUUGAUCUCGACGGGGCAGGAUGGGUGUGCUAGGACGUGGACUGUGCCUCAGGCGUAG